AGAAGAAUAUUUCCACACACGACUCUUCCGCCAAAAUCAAUCCAACUUUUAAAUUCCCGCAUUGCUUGCUAGUCACAUAUCUGUCUGGUUCGGUUGGAUCGAUUUGUACUGAUAGGAUUUCAUAAACACCAAGCACAGAUAAGCAUUAGGAUUCUUGCUAAUAACCAGGGAACAUCGGUCCAUCAAUGUUUACACCACCUUGGACAAGGCAACGCGUUCCACUCGUCUGAUGUACCUUCGAAACAGGACGGUACACCUUGCUUCCUGUAACUAGAGGACGACCACGUACAAAGAGGUGGUACUCCGUCUCAAGAGUCGUCGAGUGUCUGGUCGAAUCGCGACGCACCGACGCACUGGUUGAUGGUGUAACACGGAUAUAAAAAUCAGAAGAAAUUAGUCGCAUUGUUUCAGUGUUAUCACAGCCGGUGUUCGCACCGCUGCUGGAUGUGUCGCAGCUGUAGCAACAAUUUCCCGCACCGCAUCCAACAGUGGGUGUGUUUUGCCCGGAUUGCCUAGUGGAAGAGUUUGCUUGCAUCGGCGAGAUAUUCAGUGCCAACCAGUAGCGCCACACGGGCAUCAUUUUUGUUGUCUGUUUAGUAAGCUGUUGCUUGUGGUGGCAUUUGUUUUUCUUCUGCUGGCAAUUUCUUCACGGUCAACAUAAGAAGGCAGUUUGCCUAGUGGGAGAAACACAGUGGUAAUGGUGGUGCAUGGUGAAUGUUUUGCAAAUAAAAGUGCUUCCGUUUGCGUGUGUUUGGCUCUGGACGUAAAUUUGUAACGGCCAAAUAAGUGUCUCAGUGUUUCGUAAUAGUUGCACGUGAAUGUGACACAUUUCGGUUGGGUUAGGAACGAAAUUCUAGAUUCUAGAGUUCUGUACAGGCAAAGUGAUCCCGUGAACGAUCGUCUAAGGCGAUCGCUGCAGUAGUGCUAUGGUAUGCAAACUAGUUUUUAAUGUGUGUUUUUGAAUUAAAAUGAAGAUUGUAUUUGGGAAAAAAAUUAGAACAAAUCAAAUGUGAAAAAGUGGAAACUGCUGUAACAUAUUAGCGUGUAAUCACAUGGACGAAUGGCGAAGCAUUUUAUUGAUAAGUAAGAGUACAAGGGUGUCAAAGAUCGUGAGAAAGUGUCUAGCAUAUGGUGUUGGUUCUGUACCAACCGAACCGAUUGAUUGUUGAUGGCACGUGAAGUGUUCUCUGCCUCGCGCUAAUGUGUUUUAUUGAUGCUAAAGCUCGAUCCGAUUGGUAUUUACAUAUUGGUGCGUGAACCCUUCAUCAUAUAUGGUUUUGCAUCGUCAGAUGGUCUAAGUGGGAAAUUUUACAGCUGAAUGACUGUUUCCUCAAACGAGCGUUAUUUAAGCUUUCACUUCGCUCUACCACUUCUAUCUGUAAUAUUUACUUAAAACUCAGGAUGACAAAAACGGUGAUAAGGUGUCGAGACGAUGAGUUCCCAAUGGUCAAUAUUGGAAUUCCCCCCAGCAGUGUCUGUCUGUCAUGUUCGGCUUCUAGUAGAAAAUCUAACAUCAGACGUAAUAUUGAUCUUACCACAAAGUGGCUAAAAGCACAUACCCUCAGAGCUUGUAGAAUUUAUUUGCGUCCACAAAACAUUUUUCAACUUCCUUUUGAACAGUUGCUGGGGCAUUUAAUUGAAUUUUGUUGUCUCUUAAAUGGGGAAGGUGGCUAAUUGAGAACAUUAUACCGUUAUUUGUCUUCUAUUUAAUUAUAGACAAACUUAUAAAUUAUCUCACGAUGUCAAAAAUGAGGAUCCGUCCAUGAGGAUCUAUCUAAAUUGCGCAUGAACGGGGACAUGAAUGAAAGUGUGGAUCUACAUACGUCCAGAACGUUUAAACACGAAAGAAUGACUAAUCACACAGUUCGAUGAAACUUAAACCUCAAUUACACCUGCAGUGAAAAAUAAGUGCUGCUUAUAAUUACUCGUGAAACAGUUUAGUAGCGAUUAGUAGCGGCGCUCACGUGACAGUUAUGGAAAGUAAGGUUUUUUGCUAGUUUCGCCAAUUCUUCCUGUGACGCUUCGUUUCGAUAAAUUCCUUACAUUCCUUCGAGUAACUUUGUUUCGUGUAGUUCAAUCAUUCGAAAUGACAAGGUCAAGAUGCCGUAACUGAGACAGGCAUUACUACUACUACUACUACUACUGCUGGUCAGUCCUAACCGCUGGUUGAUGGCAUCGCCUCACUCACUUCCUGUACGCGGAAGAGAAACAUGGUGUUACAUGCGGUGCACGCCGCGUAGAAUUAUGAUAGAUCUUUGCAACGGUACCGUAUCCGUCGCAGCUAGCAGUUGUGUUAGAAAGAACAGCUGCAGGAGGAGCAGCUACUACAGCAGCAGUCCAGUACAGAGCGCGACACUACGAACGAUGUCUGGAAUUACGUUGUGUUCGUAUCCUUCGUGGUGAUAUCGGCGCUGAUACCGAUCCGUAAGCGGCUCUGCCGUCGGAGCACAAACAGUAAGAGCAAGCAGGACUAUGUCUUCGGAGCCGGCCAUAUAUCUACCCUGGCGAUGAUGUUGUCCAUAGCACGGGGUACGCUCGGAGUGAUCUCCGUGUUGGGCUACCCGAGUGAGUUCUUCUACCGUGGUUCGGCCAUGUGGGAAUCACUGUACGGUGUCAUUACCGCUUAUCCGAUCGUAUGCUUUGUCUUCAUACCGGUGUAUUUCGAUCUUGGCAUAACGUCCGUCUAUCAGUAUUUGGAGUUGCGCUUCAACAGCCGUUUAGUGCGUUGCUUAGCGUCAGGAACAUACAUACUGCGAACAUUGCUGAGCUUAGGUGUUACUAUCUACACUCCCACCGUUGCCCUGAACACAAUCAUUGGCGUGCCGUACUGGGUGUCUCUGCUUUCCAUUACGUUGAUCAGCAUCUUCUUCAAUGCAUUGGGAGGGUUAAAGGCAGCAGUUGCUGCAGACGUUAUACAGAGCCUCAGCAUGACGGCUAUGCUUGUGGGGAUCAUCAUUUAUUGCAGCAUUACGGUCGGUGGUGUGGAUAAGAUAUUCACCAUCAGCUCCGAUAACGAUCGCUUUGCGUUCUUCAACUUUGCUGCCGAUCUUCAUCUGCGUGUGACGACAACGUCUGCCUGGUUGGGAGAGCUGUUCAACUCGCUCAGUCUGCUCGGCUGUCAGCAGAACUUUGUCCAGCGUUACCUCAGCAUGCCGACAUUCAGCCAGAUACGACGCACGCUCAUGUGGAACAUACCGGUAGUGACGCUGCUAUUCUCGCUGCCCUGGUUUGUCGGGAUGGCCAUCUACGCCAUCUACUGGCAUUGCGAUCCCCUGAAGGCGAGUGUGAUCGCGAAGAUGGAUGAAAUACUGCCCUACUUUAUGUUGGACCGGUUCGAUAGUGUACCGGGCGUUUGGGGCAUCUUCGUGGGGACGCUAUUCAAUGGAGCGCUCACAUUAAACAUCUCCAACAUCAACUCACUGGCAACGGUGACUUGGGAGGACUUCCUCUCGCUAAUACCAGCACUGCGUAAGAAGAGUGAUAAACAUCAGCUGAAUGUGAUAAAGCUCGUGGGUACGAUCUAUGCGGUGCUGAUCAUGGGCGUUGGUUUCAUUGUUGGUUUAUUGUCCGGCGUGAUCGAAUCAUCGAUGCUGAUCAUCUCGGCGACCUCUGGUCCGCUGUUGGGUGUGUUUGUGCUGGCUAUGUUCAUACCGUUCGCAAAUUGGAAGGGCGCUGUGAUGGGCAUGAUAGCGUCCCAUUUAUCGAUCCUGUGGAUCGUGGUUGGUCGGUUAAUCGAAAGCAACGUUAGCGACACACUGUUGGAUACAUCGAUCGAGGGGUGUUACGCGGAUUUGGUGGAAGCGCAGAAAAAUGCAUCCUUGCUGGUGGUUGCUCUGGAGGAAGGUGUUAACGCGAUUGAGUCGAGCAAUCUGCUCAAUCGCAUCUACUCGAUCACGUAUAUGUACUACGGCGUGUUCGGCACGGUGCUCACUGUACUGGUAGGGAUCGUUAUCAGUCUCGCUACCUGGAGCAGUCACGAUCAGUACAACAUGAAGAUGUUACAUCCGGCUGUACGGUGGCUCUAUUCUCGUUGUCCAUUCAGUGGUAAGCACUUUGGCUCGUUCGAGGUAACAGCUAGCUAUGGUGCAACCACGAAAGAAACGGUACCAAAGUGUUGAUAACGGCUGCCCAGAAUAGGAUUGUGGAUGCCCAUUCCACAUUGGCAUGUGAUAGAGAGAAGAAAUAGUUCCUAUGCCCAGCUUAAUAGACUAUGUGGGCGUCUUGUAAAGAUUUUAAAUGUACGAUAAAGUGUAUAGCCUUAGCCAUUAAGUAGAAAUAUUACGAAUAAAAAGUUAAGCCAUUUUUAAAGCGAGAAA